AGUUGAUGUCCCGGCAUUCUGUCACAAACUGGAACUUGAAGCCCAUCCACUUGAAAGUGACUUAUGAUGGACUGACCACCUUGGACGGACGAUGGGUGUGUACUUCUGCUUGAGGUGGCCAUCGCAGAUGGUGCGCAGUAAAAGAAUGAAGGCCAGUUCACAUGUCCAGUGGCUCUUGUCCUCAGUGCUUCUUCUUUGUCUAGUGGACCAAGCGAAUGGCCAGAAGAAGGGGGUGCCUCGCGGUCUGAAGUGUGUGACCAGAAAUUUAGAAGUAUGGGACUGCUCGUGGAAAGGGCCCUCUGGUCCCAAUGGCACUGUCUAUGAAGUUUGCAUCAAGAGCAGGGACCAUUGUUAUACAUCUGUGAAACCAAGUAUUCAAAUUCCAGCUCUUCUUCCUGGUGAUCAUGAAAUAACAAUAUAUCCUCAAAAUGAUUUUGGAAGUUCACCGAGUAAAUUCAUCCUAAAUGAAGAAAGCAUUUCUUUCAUCCCAGAGGCCCCGGAGAUCUUGGACUUGGCUGCCGAGUUUCCGACCGACACCUUGCACGUCGAGUGGAACGACAGGGGUUCUGUUUUCCCACGUCACGCAAAUGUCACCUGGCAGAUCAGGCUUCUAUGUAAAAAGAGGAUGGAAACCAUUGCAUUAGUGACCUACAACUCAACUCUGAAUGGUCAGGAUACAGUUCAUCACUGGAGCUGGACCUCAGACAUGCCUUUGCAGUGUGCCGCUCACCAUGUGGAGAUGAGGCGCUACAUUGACGACCCUCAGUUUCUUGGUCACAAAGAGUGGAGUGGCUGGAGCCCACUGAAGAGCAUUUCAUGGUCAUCACCUGAUUCUCAACCUAAGGUUUUUCCUGCAGACAAAGUGAUACUUGUCGGGUCAAAUAUAACAGUUUGUUGUGUAAGUCAAGAAAAAGUCUUAUCAGCACAGAUAGGCAAUAACAACUGUCCCCUUAUUCAUCUGGAGGGAGAAAAUGUUGCAAUCAAGAUCUAUAAUAUUUCUGUUUCUGAAAGUAGUGGAACAAAUGUGAUUUUCAACACCGACAGCAACCUCGCUGGAACAGUCAUUUUUGCAGGAUAUCCACCUGAUAUUCCUAAAAACCUGAGCUGUGAAACGCAUGACUUCAAGGAGAUCGUGUGCACCUGGAGCCCAGGAAGGCUGACGGGAUUGCUGGGCCCCCGGAACACAAGUUACACUUUACAUGAAAGCUUUUCUGGAAAAAAUGUUACAUUCAAAAGAACUGAAGAGUCCACCAACGAAAGCUAUCAGUUAAUGUUUCAGAUGACUCCAAACCAGGAAAUAUAUCAUUUCACUCUGAAUGCUCGCAAUCCUUUGGGCCAAUCAGAAUCCACAAUUUUAGUCAACAUAACUACUCGAGUUUCUCCCCACACUCCUACUUCAUUCAAAGUGAAGGAUGUGAAUUCAACAACCGUUACCCUUUCUUGGCACCUACCAGGCAACUUUGCUAAGAUUAAUCUUUUAUGUCAAAUUGAGAUUAAAAGUCAUUCUGGACAAGAAUUGCGCAAUGCCACAAUCACAGGAGUAGACAACUCAAGUUACCUGACUGCCAUGGACAAAUUAAAUCCAUACACUAAUUAUACUUUUCGGAUUCGUUGUGCUACGGAAACUUUAUGGAAGUGGAGCAACUGGGCCACUGAGAAGCAGCACCUAACUCUCGAAGGAUUUCCUUCAAAGGGACCAGAUACUUGGAGAGAGUGGAGUUCUGAUGGGAAAAAUUUAAUAAUCUAUUGGAAGACCCUGUCCCUUUCUGAGAUUCCCGAUCGUCAACACAGAGCAGAAAUACAGCUGGACAGAAAUGACUAUGUCAUCAGUGUGGUCGCAAAAAACUCUGUCGGUUCGUCCCCACCUUCCAAGAUUGCUAGUAUGGAGAUUCCUAAUGAUGACCCCAACAUGACCUGUGACUACGUGAUUAAGUGGUGCAAUUCAUCCCGGCCGGGACCCUGCCUGAUGGACUGGAAGAAAGUGCCUUCCAACAGCACCGAAGCUGUCAUAGAGUCCGCUCAGUUUCGGCCUGGCGUGAGAUACCGUUUUUUCCUGUACGGCUGCAGACAGCAGGGCUAUCAGCUGCUGCGCUCUGUGAUUGGGUACACAGAAGAACUGGCUCCAGUUGUCGCCCCAAACUUCACUGUUGAAGAUACGUCCGCAGAUUCGAUCCUAGUGAAAUGGGAAGAUGUCCCCGUGGAAGAGCUUAGAGGCUUUUUAAGAGGCUACGUAUUCUAUUUUGGGAAAGGCGAGCAAGGCACCUCCAAGAUGAGAGGCUUGGAGUCAGGACGCGCCGACAUCAAGGUGAAGAACAUUACGGACGUAUCUCAGAAGACACUGAGAAUUGCUGAUCUUCAAGGUAAAACAAGUUACCAUCUGGUGCUUCGGGCCUACACAGACGGUGGGAUGGGGCCCGAGAAGAGCAUGUACGUGGUGACAAAGGAGAACUCCGUGGGGCUAAUUAUCGCCAUCCUCAUCCCAGUGGCCGUGGCUGUCAUUGUCGGAGUGGUCACCAGUAUCCUUUGCUAUCGGAAGCGAGAAUGGAUUAAAGAAACCUUCUACCCUGAUAUUCCAAAUCCAGAAAAUUGUAAAGCACUGCAGUUUCAAAAGAGUGUCUGCGAGGGAAACAAUGGCCUGAAGACGUUGGAAAUGAACCCUUGCACCCCCAAUAACGUCGAGGUCCUGGAGUCGCGAUCCACCGUGCCUAAAAUCGAAGAUACCGAAAUCAUUUCCCCCGUGGCCGAGCACGCGCUAGUCGGCUCGGAAGCAGAACCCGAAAACCACGUGGUGGUGUCCUACUGCCCCCCAAUCAUUGAGGAGGAAAUCCCGAACCCCGCGACGGCGGACGAAGCCGGCGGCCCUGCCCAAGUCAUCUACAUCGACGUGCAGUCCAUGUAUCAGCCGCAGGCGAAGCCCGGCGAAGAUGCGGAGGCCGAGCCCGCCGGUGGCUCAGGCUACAAGCCCCAGAUGCACCUCCCGGUGACGCCGGCCCUGGAGGACGAGGACGACGACCUGGACAAGGCGGCGGGCUACCGGCCUCAGGCAAACGUGGCCACGUGGACUCUAGUCUCCCCGGACUCGCCGCGGUCCACGGACAGCAACAGCGAGGUGGUCUCCUUCGGGAGCCCGUGCUCCAUCAAUUCCCGGCAGUUUCUCAUCCCCCCGAAAGAUGAAGACUCUCCCAAAUCGAGCGGAGGAGGCUGGUCCUUUACAAACUUCUUUCAGAACAAGCCCAACGACUAAGCGGCGUCACCCCGGUCACUUCAGUCUGCCAUCUCAAUAAGCUCUUAGUGUGUGUGCGUGGCUGCCACAACAGCCCCGCCCUGGCGGUCCCGGAGGGACCCCGAGAAGUAUUGUCAGCGGGGUGCCCCCGCACCGCGCUCCUUACACUACAAGUGUUAAUGCGCCUGUGCUGUAGUCUAAAAGCCAAAGUCCAGUAACUCGGAUUCCAUCCACCGAACUCAUCACUGGGAGCUGCUUGUGAUUCGAGCCAAAGAGCCCUCCUGCACUCAGCCUUCCGGAAGCAUUUCAAGACAAGUGCUGUCUGUCUGUCAGUGUCUAGUCCGUGCAAAAGAACACAUACCCGCCUCCACCUCAGCCAUUGACCUUGCUUGUGUUGUUAAUGGUUUCCCCACAUGUGUACUUCAUGGAAUUCCCAGCCGACUGGCAGGCAGGGACAGAAAGUAUCACCGCAGCAGACAAUGGAUGAGGUCGCCCCAACGCUUGCUCCACGCUAGCUGAAAAACGAGCACAGAUUUUCACAUGCCAGGUGACCCUCCUCGCUCUCCAACAUCUAUAAGAAUUAAUAUACUUUUUUUCUUUGACCAUAGUGACAGCCAUCUAGUGUUUUGCUUGAUAACGUGUGCGUUAUCUCUGCGUCCUGGAUGGUUGACUCGGGUACAAACGUGGAAAACGAGUGUGACUGACCAGCCCCAGUCUGAAUCUCAUGACUGCUUUGGUGGUGUUUUCCAGAUCUAUCUGUUAGCGUGAUGAUGGCGGGCAUUCUUGUGUUAUUUUUUUUCCAUUCCACUGUUGUACUGGCUUCCUUUUUUUUUUUCUUCCAGUUGGCACCUCUCAUAUUUCAAAUUCAAAUUUCUAAAACUAUAGACUUAAGCUUUUUAAAAAAAUCAAUUUUACCUUGUGACACAGUGUCUUUUACAAAUACAGGUGUAAGUAUAUCCCCUA